AUGACGUCCGUCUUUGAAUCAGUCGGUGAUUACCAUGCCGCAGCUCGGAUAUCACAGGAACGAGCACCACCAAGUCACGCCAUAAAUCGAGGAAUCCUCGCAGAAGGUGUUGGUUCCUUCCUAUCAGGGCUGCUGGGACCUGCAGUUGGAAUGACAACGCAUACUGAGAACAUCGGUGUAAUCGGCGUCACAAAAGUUGCCUCCAGAUGGACGAUGGUAGUCGCUGGCAUCCUUCUGAUUCUGCUAGGAGUUUGCACAAAGAUUGGCGCCAUCCUGUCGACUGUUCCCGAUCCACUGGUUGGUGGGAUCUUGGCGUCAUCGAUGGCAAUGGUUGUCGGAGUAGCUGUCUCGAAUUUGCAAACGGUGGACAUGAGCAUGCCACGAAACAUGGGAAUUCUUGGAUUUUCAAUGCUCUUCGGAAUGAUCGUACCCGAAUACUUCCGACGAUAUCCCGUGGAUACA